AUGACGCCAGGACCGACGACAAAGCUGGAGCGCUCAAUGGUAACCGGUGGCCGAUCGGCUACAGGACCAGAAGAGCGCAAACGAUGCAGCGAAACCAUCCACUCUGGCCAGUUCAUGGUGUCACAUUUCGAAACUGAGGGUGCCGAAGAUGAUGACGACGAUUUGGGCAUGCAGAUGGAGGAGGUCAAACCGGCAGAUCUAAUAGCAGUCGACAACACCGUGAUCCUGCCGGUAGCGACAGGUCCUUCGGACGGGUGCUCUACCGCAGGCGCCCUGGUUCCGGUUUCUGCAGGCCGGACCGAACAGAACCAGCUGGCCCGGUACGUGCCCCGACCAUUAUCCUUCGGUAACCGAUCGACGGUUUCCCAGGUCGAGAUCGACACGGACCUCUCGACCGUCUUCAACACGCUCAACGUGACGUACACACAAAAGCUGACGUCGCCCAAAUGGAACCCGUUCAAAGGCAUCCGUCUGCGGUGGAAGGAGAAGAUUCGCCUGAACAAUGUUAUCUGGCGCUGCUGGCACAUGCAAUUUAUCAUGAAACGGAAAACUCUAGUCUGUCAGUUUGCAUCUCCUCUAGACGUAGACGUACACAAUACACCACAGGCAAUCUUACUUGAAGGAAAGUACUGGAAGAGAAAAUGCAACGUCAUCAAGGCGGAGUACAAAAAAUGGCGACGGUUUAACGUAAAUAGAGCAUUAGGUGCAACGAACAUUAUCGAUACGAAUAGUGAAUUAGAUUUCUUAGAGUGGUCUCCAAUCAGCAAUGAUAUAUUUAUGAUCACCGAUAAUAUGCCCACGGAUACGCUUUUCUCUACGCUAGCGCAGUAUCCGUUUCCCGAUUCCAGAGAGAUAGCUCGUGGCGCGGGUCGGGCGGACUUCAUUCAGCCCAGCUUAGGGCCUCUGCAACCCAACUUAGACGAUUUAAUGGAUUUGGAUCUGGACUUUUUGAAUUUUUCGCGACUCGCCCCUGUACCGGAAGAAGCGUCCGAUGAUCUGUUAAAAGCAAUCGACUACAAUUAUACUCUCGGAUCGAAUCAAUUGACUAGUGGUGGUAGCAACUUACAAGACACGCAGGACACGUUAAGCACUAAUUCCGUUGGCAAUCAGCAAUCGAAUCAAGUGCUCCAAUCUACCGGUUGUCUUCAGCAGCAACCUGCUACUAUACAGUACUCGGCGAAGUUUUUCACCCAAGCACUGCAACCUGCCAGCAGCACAACUGCGUCGUCUUCGGCGGUGCAAUCGUCGAUCGCGCAGCAACUUAGUAACGCGAUCGAUUCCUACCUCUCCGAUCAGCUAAUCGUCGGAAGUGGCAGUCAAGGAUCUUCGUCCUUGGCUGCCUCGCUUGGCAUAGUUCCAGUGACAGCAUCGCAGCAGCAACAAUCCGUAUCCAGCGGUGCUGGUAGCGAACUACGAUCGGAUGAAUUGACCCGCAGCGUAUCGAAGUCCAAGUUUUCCCGCGUGUAUGCGAAACACAACUACGAUCCAAAAUACCCACCGACACCGCAUCAAACGAUGGCGUACAACAUGGUCUCGCAGCCGCACAUGGGUCAAUCGGCUGCCAACAGCACUGUUCUGGGUGCAGUCAGCCCUUACGGCAGUAACGCAGGUGGUUUCCAGAAUGUAGUUACCUCCUCCGCAGGACUUCUUCCCAUGGGCGGAGGGGGCAGUGGCAUUCCGUCGUCUUUGCAACCGGGAAACAUGCAACUACACUACAACCAUUCCACUCUGCAGAAUGUUCCGAACAAUCCGGUAAACCUGUCGAACAAUUCCGGGGUGGCAAAUGUCAUCACCGGUGGUGUAGGUUCCAGCGGUGCGAGCAAUGACAGCACCAUGCGAGGACCUUCGCAAAUGGGGACAACAAAUGCUGCCGGAGGUGCGGUCAUGUUGAUGCAAAACAUUCAAAAUUCCAAGCUACUGACACACAGUCAAUCUCUGCCGGUUCCAGCGCUGCCGCAGGCAAAACCUAUGCCGUCCCAGCCUCGCUCAACCUCGAUGCCGACGGGGCCAAACUACAACCAAAUGUUGGCCUCCCAACAUUCACCUCCGGGUAGCUUGCAUGCAUCCCAAUCGGGAAGUAGCUACAAGUCUUACCACGGUCACCAAUCGCAACCGUACAAAAUUCCAUCGCAAACGAUUGGAGCAGGAGGUUCGUACGCCAGUGGAGUACGGGCAAUGCGUCACUCUUCUCCACCACACGGUACCGUACUCCAGCCGACAUCUGGAGCAUCGGGAGGCUCGACGGGAAUGGGUUUGACCUCCGGUGGUGGUGCCCCCGUGGGAAUAUCACACGCGUUGGAACAAUCGCAACAGCAGCUGCAAGAUCUUCAGCUACAACAACAGCAACAACAGCAACAGCAGCAGCAGCAACAGCAACAACAACAACAGCAGCAACAGCAAGUAAUCGCGUCAACGGCUCCCAAUAUCCAGCAGCAACAAGCACAACCGAAACGACACCCACCGCAUCCUACCAAAGAGAUGUUCCGUUCAAAUAGUCUCCCCAUUAACGCGACUUUUCCAAUGCCCCCGAAGGAGGUGGAAAAUUUCGUUAUGCCCCGCUACCAUCAGUCAUCACAAAAGACGAAUCCAAAGCUUCGCACACGCAGCAGCUCAAUGAUUAUGAAGCAGCAAACGGGCAUGAGUGGUGGCAAUAUGAACUUGAUAGGAUGCAGUAGUACAUCAAGCGGUGGAAGUGCGACGAUGGCAGGUGGAAACUCAACGCAACACAUGUCGCCAACGCUGCACGCCACCACUAGCGAACCGAUGCUUAACGUUACCAACAGUGCGCUGCUCGCGCAGCUUCUGACAACUAACAACGCAAGUACCUUUUUGAGUAAACAACCACACAGUACAUCAACGAGUGCCAUAAGUACGUUAACGCAAUCACAGCAGCAGCACCAGCAGCAGCCAACAAAUCCUUUCCAAACAAUGCCAAUGGGAAGUGCCGUCUCACCAUCAUCCUCGCAGUUGCAACUUCACCAAUUGCAACAUCAGCAGCAACUGCAGGUGCAGCAGCAACAGCAGCAGCAGCAACACCAGCAGCCUUAUCAUCAGCAAUUAUCGAGUGUUGGAGCCGGAACGUCGUCCAGCGGGACGAUGAGAGCACAACCCAGCCACAGCUCAGUGUUGAACUUCGCGGCCUCUUCGGGCAUGUCGUUAUCGCAGCAAAGCCUUUCGCCCGAAUCAGCCCACGACACGGAUGGGCCUCUUUCGCCGACCGGAAUGGGUGGCAGUUCCGGUACCGGUGGUGCUGGUAGCAAAUUUCCCCGCAGUGACAGCCAACGUCGCUCGGGACACAUUCACGCGGAGCAGAAGCGUCGGUACAAUAUUAAGAAUGGGUUUGAUACGCUCCACUCGUUAAUACCGCAGCUUCAGCAGAAUCCGAACGCAAAGCUAAGCAAAGCAGCCAUGUUGCAGAAAGGAGCCGAUUAUAUCAAGCAGCUGCGUAGCGAGCGAACAUCCGCCAACGAUCAGAUGGAUGCGCUGCGUCGCGAAAUCGAUCAGCUCAACAAUUCGCUGAACAAUCUUCACACCGCACUACCGGCCAGUGGGGCACCCGUUUCCCGUCAGCGAACCGGGCGCGUGAAGGAACUGUACCAGCACUACGUUCGACAGCGCACGAUGGAUAAUUGGAAAUUUUGGGUCUAUGGGUUGAUUUUUGAGCCCCUGUUGAAUUCCUACAACCAGACGGUGUCCGUUGCCAGCAUGGAUGAGAUGUACCGCACUAGUCAGCUGUGGGUUGAUCAGCAUUGCUCACUGGUGGAGUUACGGCCAGCCGUUUCCAAUCAGCUACGACAACUGUCGACGACGACGGACGUCCUGUCAGAUCCUCCCAGUUCGCUGCAGGAGGAGGUACUUAAGGCCAUCUCCACGAGCAGCAACUCCCUGAUGCCGAGGGGUUCCGGCAAGGGUAGCAGCCGUGGAGGCAGCAGCACUGAAACAAGCCCGAAUCGGUCGUAA